AUGGAAAAGUUUGUCAGCUCUUUAGAAGAAAAACUGAAUGAUACACUUGCUUUGCCAAAAUAUGCUCGUCUUAAUGAGCUUAUGGCUGAGCACGAAAAACUUUUAUAUCGUAAGGGUCAGCUGCAAAAGGUGAGAGUUUCUGGAAUUUUCGAGGAAUGUAGGCCAUUGAAGAAACACACUGAGGUAGCAGGCGCUGGUUUCAUCAAUAUCUUCAUAUCAAAAACGUUUAUUGCCGAAGAAAUUUCGAAAUUGGUUCGACUUGGAUUUACUCUUCCACCUCCCCUACGAAAACUGAAAGUCAUCGUUGACAUGUCUAGUCCGAAUAUCGCCAAAGAAAUGCACGUCGGACAUUUAAGGUCUACUAUAAUCGGAGAAAGCGUUUCUCGAUUGCUGAUUUUCCUGGGCCACGACAUUCUCAAACUGAAUCAUCUCGGAGAUUGGGGCACCCAGUUUGGCAUGCUGAUCGCCCACUUGCACGACACCUUUAAGGACCUGGGUGAUCAGCCACUGCCCGUAUCCGAUUUGCAGACUUUCUACAAAGCCUCCAAAAAGCGGUUCGAUGAAGAUGAAGAAUUUAAGAAACGUGCGUAUGAAGCUGUUGUAAAGUUGCAAGCUCACGAUCCGCUCUACAUUCGAGACUGGCAAAAGAUUUGUGACAUAUCUAAACGGGAGUUCGACGAAAUUUACCGUCGAAUGGAUAUUAAGGACCUUGUCCCACGUGGCGAGUCCUUUUACCAGUCGAGAAUGGAGAGCCUGGUCGCAGAGUUAAAAUCCAAAAAUCUCCUUGAAAAUGACGAUGGACGUCAAAUCCCCCAGCUCAGGAACCCUGUUUUCCUCCUACCUAUUUUUACAUUUGAUUCUCCCUUGUAUUUCAGAAAGAAGUUCAAGACCAGAUCAGGUACAACUAUCAAGUUGGUCGAUCUACUGAAUGAAGGUGUUGAACGUUCUCUGAAUAAACUCAAGGAGAAGGGCAGAGACAAGGUAACAUAUCCAGGACUUUACCGCUUUGUUUUUGAAGGGAGGGGGGAGGGAUGUCAGGCCAUAAAUGGUGGUCCUCAUCGCUGUCAGAGACGAUUACGUUCCGUUCUGUCAUUACCUCCUUUUCAACAUGCCCUUUCUCUUUACCACCCCCAUUCCUGCCAGGAGCUGACCCCCGAGGAACAGCAAACGGCCGCAGAAGCUGUGGCCUAUGGCUGCAUCAAGUACGCAGACCUGGCGCACAAUCGCAACAACGACUACAUCUUCUCCUUCGAUAAGGUAAGCGGCCGGGAUUUGACUUCGGCGGUGGUGACCGUCCAGUAG